GUAAGUACAUAAAUUGUACGAGAAUCAACUGACUACGCGUAGAUGGUACAGUAUUAUAUUGGAGGGCGCGGCGUAUAGUAGUUGUCAGCAUCCAGUAUCAUUAUCAAUUCAGAGUGCUUGGUAGUUGUGUUGUUGCAGCAGUUAGAAAUACAAUAAAAAAUUAAUGACAAUAAAAAACAAUCAUUUUAAUGAUCACAAUAAUAAUCAUUGUUGGAAUUGUUCUCAAAUAAUAACUAUUGUAAAUUGUAUUUAUCAAUGAUAAUAAUGAUUUCGCUGAAAUUUUUAUGGCCUACAUAUUGCAAAAAUGACUUAUUGUACUCCUUGUAUUUAUUGUAUAAUAAUUAAAUAAUAUUUUCAUGAAACUUAAAUUACUCAACAUGGAAUAAUUUAUUAUUUCUUUUGAAUUUUAUCUAUGAGAAGUGUAUGAUUAUUUUUGUUUAUACAUAAAAUAUUGUGACGAAUGUUUAAUAGAGAUAUGAAAUUAUAGACACACACAAAACAAUGGCAAUUAAGUGGUGGUGGAUUAAUUGUGAUUACAGUAAUAUUCAGCUUGCAACUUUGUUAUUUUGUAUGAUUAUCACACAGACGAAUAAUUAUUCAGUUGAUAGAUCUUGGAAUAACUCAUUUAUAUCAGCUGCUGCUUAUUGUGCACUUGAUCUUAAACCACAAGAGGAUUUAAACCUUGAAAAAAUGAUAGGAAAAUGGUACGUGGUAGAAGUUCUCGAGCACAAAAAAUCAUCUGUAGACAUCUCAGACAUUGGUAUGUCAGUUAUCAUCAAUAUUUGUCCAAUAGUCUAUAUCCAGUUUGACGAAAAAGGCUUCUUGAGACUUCUUUGGACUGAGGAGUAUGGUAAUCUUGAAUACACCUUUCGCAUACCCGUGUCUGACUACAAAUCCGAUGGCUUCUGGGUCUCAGUAUAUCCACAGAAUGGAAGUAUUGUUGACAAUAAUAAGUAUUAUAAUCAAUUCAAUGGUACUGUGGUGGUGACAAAAGCAGUGGCACAACACGUUCUUUUAACUUUUUGUCCAUCAAUUUCUCAUGAUGCAAAUAGUAAUGAUAAUAACAACAAUAAUCAAGAACAGCAGCAGCAGCAAAAUCAACUACGGUAUUAUUCUAUUCUACUAGCUCGUCAGCAUAGACUAGAUAAAAGCAGUAUAAAUGGAAUUCACAAAUUGUUAAAACGUCGAGGCAUUGGUAUAUCAGGCAUCAAGUCAACAUGUAGGUCUAGCACUACUUCAACAAUUAAUCAUCAAUACAUCCAUUACUUAGUAAUAUUUUCAUUACUUUAUUCUUUCGUUAGAAAUUUUUGUUAAAUUUAUCAAAGCUAUCAUAGCACUUUUUAUUUAAAUCACCAUUAAAAUU